GUCGCCAGUAUAGACUCGAAUACAAAAGAAGUCUUUGAGACUUCAAACGGUAAUCACCUUGCUUUCGAUUUUCUCGCUCCCCAAACACUCCUAUUUUUCUCACAGAUCCGGGAGGUGUGGGUGUAAAUGCAGACUAGGUUUAUGGAGAGGACCAAAUCUAUGAGUAGAGGAAAGAGGAGUUUGGAGGGAGGAGGAGGAGGAGGAGAAGAUGAGCAGCCAGAGAGGAAGCGGCCCGCUCUUGCUAGCGUAAUUGUUGAAGCUCUGAAAGUGGACAGUCUGCAAAAGCUAUGCUCGUCUUUGGAACCUAUUCUUCGUAGAGUUGUCAGUGAAGAAGUGGAACGUGCUUUGGCAAAGUUAGGCCCUGCAAGACUUAAUGGAAGAUCUUCCCCAAAACGGAUUGAAGGUCCAGAUGGACGAAACUUGCAGCUGCUCUUUAGGUCCAGAUUGUCUCUUCCACUAUUCACGGGAGGGAAAGUUGAAGGCGAGCAGGGUGCUUCAAUUCAUGUUGUUUUAUUUGAUGCAAACACUGGCAAUCUUGUGACAUCUGGACCUGAAGCCUCUGCCAAACUAGAAAUUGUUGUGCUUGAAGGCGAUUUUAACAAUGAGAAUGAUGAAGACUGGACGCAAGAAGAAUUUGAAAGCCAUAUUGUGAAAGAGCGUGAUGGUAAGAGACCUUUGUUGACAGGGGACCUAUACGUGACACUCAAGGACGGGGUAGGGACACUAGGGGAGCUCACAUUUACGGACAACUCGAGUUGGAUAAGGAGCAGGAAGUUCAGGCUUGGCUUGAGGGUUGCUUCUGGAUUUUGCGAGGGUGUACACAUCCGUGAAGCAAAGACAGAAGCUUUUACUGUUAAAGAUCACAGAGGGGAAUUGUACAAGAAGCAUUAUCCGCCUGCAUUAGAUGAUGAUGUAUGGAGAUUGGAGAAAAUUGGCAAGGAUGGGUCAUUCCACAAGAGACUGAACCAAGCAGGAAUCUUCACGGUUGAAGACUUUCUUCGGCUUGUGGUCCGAGAUCAGCAAAAACUUCGGAAUAUCCUUGGAAGUGGUAUGUCAAAUAAGAUGUGGGAGGCUCUCUUAGACCAUGCAAAGACUUGUGUCUUGAGCGGGAAGCUAUAUGUUUACUACCCCGAAGAUACAAGAAAUGCUGGUGUUGUUUUUAACAACAUCUAUGAGCUGAGGGGCCUUAUUAGUGGGGAGCAUUUCUAUAAUGCUGAUUCUCUUUCUGACGACCAGAAGGUCUAUGUAGAUGCACUAGUGAAGAAAGCGUACGACCAUUGGGAUCAAGUUAUAGAGUAUGAUGGCAAGUCACUUUUGAGCUUUAAGCCGAAUAGGAGGUCAGGUGCUUCCCAGAAUGAACUUAAUAUAGAACCAAUUGAUUACUCUUCUGUUUUGGAUCAUCAGCUGCAACUACCACACCUGCCAAUUCCUUCAGAGCAGUCUCCAGUGGCUUUAAGCUUACCAGUUGGAGGGUAUAAUGAGAAUCUGCCAACGAGGUACUCAACUGAGUCGCAGAUUGUAAAUUCAAAUUCUCGUGUCCCCUAUGACAGCACUUCUUUUGCAUCACAUGGACAUGGGAUCAACAAUUCUCACCAUGCCCAAAGCUCAAGAGAUGAUGCUGUUGGACUGGCCCUUGGUCGUCCACAAUCAUCUACAUCCGGGUUUCAGACUAUUAACUCUGCAAUUCAACCAUCUACUCAUAAUCCUUUUGAUGAUUGGUCGCAAAACCGUGACAGGGGAGUUGAUGAGUACUUUUCAGAGGAAGAGAUUCGCAUUAGAAGUCAUGAGAUGCUUGAGAAUGAAGAAAUGCAGCAGUUGCUCCGAAUUUUGAGUAUGGGAGGUCAUGGCGCUGUUAAUGUGCCAGAGGAUGGGUAUGUGUUCCCAUCAUUCGCGCCGUCACCAAUGCCAAGCUUCGAUGAGGAUCGUGGCCGAUCUGGAAAAGCUGUUGUGGGAUGGCUGAAGAUUAAGGCAGCAAUGAGGUGGGGCUUCUUUAUCAGGAAGAAAGCAGCUGAGAAGCGGGCACAGCUUGUUGAGUUAGAUGAUGAUUAGAAGUUGCCAUGGGGAUGCAAUUAGGUUUUCUCCUCUAACCUUCACACUGCUUUCCUAUUCUGCAAAUGAUGGAACUGAACUCUUCAUGAUUGCCAUUAACACCUUGAGGUCUUCGGUUGGGACUGCUUGAAAUCGUUGGUUUUUGAAGCCCCGGGGGACCUCUGAUGUUUCUUGGUAUUUUUAAGCAGGGUUUCUCUUCUUGUACAGUGUGCCUGUAUAGUUUGUGUCUGUUAGUCGCCCUUCUUUCUAUUGAGAUACUUGUCGCAUCACCAUACCGUCGGUCUUGGGAAUGAUAUAGGUAAAUGUGCUUUUCAAUUGAUGGCCCCAUUUCAUGUUGUCCACUGAUUAGGGGAACAUUUCAACUAUUUUAGUUAUGACUUCAAUUUGUUGUUCCAUUUAAUGUACGAGAAUUAUGGCUUUUAAUA